GGUUAGGGUAUUUAAAUAUGUCCUAUACUUUGUAUCUAUAUAGCAGUGGAUAAAUGUAUGAAUUAAAAAUAUACAGACAUUUGCCAUUUCCAAAAUACAAGUUCUUACUAAAUAUAUUAUUUAUGAUAAUAACAUGUCAACUACAGCAAUUCAGUACAACAGUCCUCCUCGCGUUUUAGGUUAGGUUUCCUUAAAUAUACAAAUAAAUUUGUACAGUGUUUCUUAACCCAUAAUGAUUAUCGUACGAUUAAAUAGUCUUUUACGUAGCAAAUCUUAUUGUAAAUAUUGUUACAACGGCUGUCGUACUCAAUCCAUAUCAGAUUUUCCAGCAACCUUCAAAUCUAAAGAUGCAGAAGACAAGUGGUAUAGUGUUUGGGAAAAGAAUGGAUAUUUUGCUAUGAAAGGCAGCGAGAAAGAUGCAUUUAAAAUGGUUUUGCCUCCACCAAAUAUAACUGGAACAUUACAUAUAGGACAUGCGUUAACUGUUACAAUUCAAGAUGUUCUAGCAAGAUGGUACAGAAUGAAAGGACAUCCUGUGAUGUGGAUACCAGGUUUAGAUCAUGCUGGAAUUGCAACACAAAUGAUGAUAGAAAAGUAUUUAUGGAAAACAAAAGGUGUAACGAAAUCCGACAUAGGAAAGGAACAAUUCCUUUCCAUUAUUUGGGAAUGGAAGAAUCAGAAGGAAGAUACGAUAAAGUCUCAGUUGAAAGCAUUGGGUGCCAGUUUGGAUUGGUCUAAAGAAUAUUUCACAAUGAACGAGAAUUAUAAUAAUGCUGUGAUAGAAGCAUUUGUAACUCUAAAUGAUAAAAAUCUACUAUAUAGGAAAAAGGAUUUAAUUAAUUGGUCUCCUGCUUUGCAUAGUACAAUAUCUGAUAUCGAAGUAGAUGUUAGGUAUAUUGCUGCAAAGACAGAUCUUCAUGUUCCAGGAUAUGAAAAGAAGAUUACAUUCGGCGAAAUAGCGCAUAUAGCUUAUCCAGUUGAAAAUACAAACGAUGAAAUAGUAGUCGCGACAACUAGACCAGAAACUCUUUUCGGUGAUGUAGCAAUUGCUGUUCACCCGGAUAACGAAAUAUAUGCAAAGUACAUUGGACAAAAUGUUUGGCAUGCUUUAAGAGAAACAUAUAUACCUGUUAUCGCUGAUUCUUUGGUCGAUAAAAACUUUGGCACUGGGGCACUGAAAAUAACACCAGCGCACGAUCAGUUAGAUUAUACAAUUGCUACGAAUCAUCAAUUAGAUAUCAUCCAAGUUAUCGACGAAAAUGGAAAUAUAACAGAUGCGGGAAAUCAAUUCAAAGGUCUUCCAAGAUUUAUCGCUCGGGAGAAAGUCUUAAAUGAAUUGUCAAACAGAGGUCUUUUAAAAGGGAUUCAUGAACACAAAAUGUGCUUACGAAUAUGUUCACGAUCUCAAGAUAUUGUAGAAUACAUGUUGAAAGAACAAUGGUUUUUAAAGACCAAAGAUAUGGCGCAAAAAGCGAUGAAUGCUGUGAAAGAGGGUCACUUAAAAAUAGUUCCUACUAUUCACGAAGAGUCAUGGUAUAAUUGGCUAAGUAACAUUAGAGACUGGUGUAUUUCGAGACAGCUAUGGUGGGGUCAUCGUAUUCCAGCUUAUUAUGUUACAAUCGGAGACAAAACCGAAUGGAUAGUUGCACGAUCUGAGAAUGAUGCACAGCUUAUUGCGCAGAAUAAGUAUGGACGUGAUUUAAAAUUAAAUCAAGAUCAAGAUGUGUUGGAUACAUGGUUUUCUUCCGGUAUCGUUCCUUUUGCUAUGUUAGAUUGGCCAAAAAAGACAGAAGAUUUCAAAAAGUAUUAUCCAUUAACAUUAAUGGAAACGGGACACGAUAUAAUGUUUUUCUGGGUUGCAAGAAUGGUUAUGCUAGGAAUAGAGUUGACCAAUCGUGUACCUUUCAAUGAAGUACUAUUGCAUGGUAUUUUAUGCGAUAGUCUUGGGAAAAAGAUGUCCAAGACAGUUGGAAACGUGAUAUCACCAGAAAACAUCAUCAAUGGAGCUACUACAAAUGACUUAACUGCACAAUUCAACGAAAGUUAUGAUAUAGGCAUUCUUAAUCAAAGUGAGUUAAAGCGAAUGUUGUCUGUACAUAAACAAAUGUUCCCUAAAGGAAUACCACAAUGCGGUACGGAUGCUCUACGUAUGACAUUAUGUAGUCACAAUAUCCAAAAGAACAGAAUUAAUUUCGACGUGCAACUGUGCCAAACACAUAAAUUGUUCUGUAACAAAAUUUGGCAAGCAAGCAGAUACAUUAUACUUAUGACAGGUAAAAACCUGUAUCGAGAGCCAAAAAGUAUGUCAAUUAUUGAUCGCUGGAUUUUAAGUCGAUUAUCUUUAAUGAUUAGUACAACUAAUGAUGGAUUUAUGGAACGAAAUUUCCAUAAAAGUAUCGAGUCGUUAAAACAGUUCUUACAUUAUGAAUUUUGUGAUUUUUAUUUGGAAGCGACUAAGUCGGGAUUUAAAUCUGAAAAUUCAGAUAUUAUUGCGAGUCAUACGUACUGCUUAAGGACAUGCUUAGAAGUUUUUUUACGAAUACUUGCACCUGUAAUGCCGUACCUUGCUGAUGAAUUAUAUACAAAAUUGUCAGAUCAAUUUCCAGAAUUUUUAGUAGUUCCAUCAUUAAUGGUAGCAUCAUAUCCAUUGCCAGAACAGUUUAAAAAAUGGAGAGAUGUUACUCUAGAUGACAGAAUAUAUACAGUAUUAGAAUUGAUAUUUGAAAUCAGAAAACAGCUGCCUAAUAAUACUAAAAAAUUAUGUCCAGAAGUUCAUAUCGUUACUAGUAACCCUGAAGAUUAUACUAUCUAUAAUGAAACAAUAAAUUUAAUUAAAGCUGGAUCAAAAAUUUCGCAAAUUUGUAUAUUUCCAAAAAAUAAUUAUAUACAGUGUGAAGGAAGCAUAUGUUAUCCUUUCACUUCUGAUUGCACGUUGUUUAUUAAUAUACAGAACUCUACAAUGUUAGAAGAAAUUCAGAAGAAAAAGAAAAUGUUAUCUGCUAUAAAAUCUGCUGCCCAGAGAAAUAUUAAAAAUCAAUAUUAGUUUUUAUUUUUUAAAAACUCAGUAACAUUAAUCAUACUUUACAGAAAUUAAUUUUCAUCUACAUCCAUGCGUUCGAUUUCACAGUCACUUUCAUCUUCAUCUCCACUGUCAGUGUUCUCAUCCUCGGAACUCGAACUGCUCGAUUCGAACCAAGUUUGCGAAGAUAAAUCGUCUGCUAUUAUUGUUCUCCAUUCAUCUAGUUUCCGACAAUCUAAGAUAAAAAUAUAAAAUUGUAAUAAUAUAUAUACAAAAUUUAUUGAACUAUGAUAUUAUACAUACCCAAGCUAUAUAGAUCA